AUGUUACAUCAGGUUAAAAAUGAGUCGUUAUUUCCGAUUGGAUCCGGUAAUGGGAAUGGAGAAGACGUUAAUAUGCUAGAAUCUGAUCUUUUGGAUGAUUUUAUGUUUGGUCGUCAGGAUAGACCUGACGAUGAAGAUGCAAUCUUUAACUCUUUUAUUAAGACCGAUCAGCUGGAAGACCCAACAGCAGUUGUAGAUGGGAGAAUAUUCAAUAAGCCAGUAGUUGAGGAACAGCAGGAAGAAGUACCAUUUGUUAGUAGUGGCGAAGAACAAGCACCCGCUUCGCCACUACAGGAGCCUCAGCAACCCAAAUCACCACCUUUGACUACAUCGGAUUACGAAAAACAUUGUCAAGAACUUGUUGACCAUUCGUUGGUAUUCGGAAGAACAGAACCUUUGCAUACUGCCUAUGUGAACCCAUUAGAUUAUUUACACAUUGACGGUAAUUCGUUGCCAUACCAGUUGCAGAUUUCCGGAUUACCUGAUGUCUCCAGAGUGGAGAACCAAAUUAAAUUAGAAUUUAGAGUAUCGCCUCCAGUGAAGCAGUGCAUGAUUCAUUUACCAACAGAUUGUAUCGCAAGACAUAAGUUUUAUCUGGAGAAGGACGUUUCCGCAUACCCACAAGAGUUUCAAGAUCAAUUACUCUUUGCAGAAGCUUUUUUACUGUGCUCUUCAAACGAUAAAAAUACUUAUGUUUGUACAAGGUGUGUGAAAAGAGAACAUAGGAGAGCUUCUAGAAGGAAAUCGGGUUUGAGUGACAAUAUGCUAUGGUGUAAUAAUGAGAAUAGGAGAGCGAUUAUUUUCAAUAAUAAACAGGUAUUCGUGGCCAAGGGUUCAGAUGGUGAUUCUACGCAAGGUGAUAAAACGUUUGAAUUGACCGCUAGAGUUGUAUGCUACUGUAGACAUCAUAAAUCACCGGAUGGAUUUAAAAUUCUAUUUGUGCUGAAGAAUUCCAAAGGUGAAGUGUUGGCUAAAACUGUUAGUAGUAAUAUCAUGAUUAUGGAUAAAAAACCUCAGCUAAACUCCAGUGAAUCAGUAGGUAACAUACAUUCAAAUGCUAAUAGCAAUAAUAACAUGGAUUCUGGUGCAGAUACAGCGACAGAAUUGUUUUCCAACACAAAUUUUGGCGAAUUUCCAACAACUACCUCAGCAAGUGAGUAUAACAGUAACAAUAUCAAUGUUGUUACAAACAGCGGCGCUCCAAGUGUAGACAUGGAAUCCACACCGGGUAAAUACUUCUCCAUGGGUGAACUUUCUCCACCUCCUGGUGGUCUUGAGAUGCCUGAUGGCAAUGACAAUCCUCCUGACGGCUUCAAUGGCGGUAACAUUAGCGAUCAUUUGGUAGCAAGGGGUGUAAUGCCGUCACCUACAUCAAUGAGCGAAGAUGGCUCAGAAUCAUAUCUAUCGGCAAUGGAUCGUAGGCGAACCUCUGGUCCUCUUGGUUCUGGAUCAGCUGCAUAUGCCCGUACCAAGAAUUAUCAAAGAAAGAGACCCCGUCAUGAUACCGCUAUGGAUGACGGCGAAGAUGGUGGGUCUUGGUCAAGUUCUUCUGUUGGCAUAAUUUCGGGUAAACCGGUGGUAACUCAAAGGCCUUCAACCAGUGGACCAACUCAAACCACACAAGAAGAUUGUCCCUCGAUACAACGUGUCAUACCUUCACAGGGCCCCAUAAAUGGUGGUAUAGAAAUCACUUUAUUGGGAUCAAAAUUCAAAGAUGGGUUAGUUGUGAAAUUUGGGGAAAAUGUUGCAUUAUCCACACAAUGUUGGAGUGAAACUACAAUGGUCACUUGUUUACCUCCAGCUUCCUGUGCUGGGCAAGUUUUCGUUACUGUGAUAAAUCCUGCGGGUUCGAGUAACAACGCUGCUUCAGAAGUACAGAUAAGCAAUCAAGCGACUUUUACCUAUAUGGAUGAUACGGAUAGACAGCUGAUCGAAUUAGCAUUACAAAUUGUUGGGCUUAAGAUGAAUGGUAAAUUGGAAGAUGCGCGUAACAUCGCCAAGAGGAUUGUUGGUAAUGAUGAUUCACCAAAGGGGAACUCACCAUCACUGUCUACAGGUAAUGAUAAUAAUGCUGGUGGUUCGAUUCAGGAUGCCUUUGAUAACAAACUAAUGUACUCUGACGAAAACUUAUUAGUCAAAGUAAUUAGAUCUUUGCACGUUAACUCAAAUCUAUCGAUGUGUGAUAGUUUGGGACGUACUUUGUUGCAGCUAGCAUCAUUGAAGGGAUAUCACACACUUUGCUCAGUACUCAUCAAAAAAGGUGCUCGUGUCAACGAUAGAGAUUCAUUUGGAUUUUCUCCAUUACACUUUGCAUGUGUUGGAGGUGAUACCAAAGUAAUACGAUUGCUACUGCAGUGUAAAGCAGAUCCCACGGUUAAGGCCCAUAAUGGUGUCUCUUGUAAACAACUAUUCGUGGUCAACCAUGGUACCAAGAAAGAUAAUUAUCAAUAUGUGGAAGACGUUUUGCGAAUUUUUGAUGAAUUUAACCAGUCGAAUUCCUUUAGCAAGCCCAUGAGGAAAUUAUCAGACGCCAGUUUCAACUCAAGCCUAUACGAUACAGAAUCGUUGGAUUCUUUGGAUGCCGGAAAUGGACCCGUACAAGCUUCUGGUGCUGUUGGCGAGUACAGCGCAUCUGAUCAUGAAGAGAGUGAAUUGGAAGAAGAUGGCGAUGAAGAUUUGCUAGCGGAAGAUGAUUCUCCAAUUCCAGUGACGAGUGCACAACCAGUAGGAACGAGUGAUGAUAACGCUAUAGAUCAUUCAAAUACUCAGGCAAUGGAUGGCAAGUUACUCAAUAAAAUGUUAAGCUAUUUGAAUGAAGGUCUUCCAAAAUAUGAAGAUCUAUAUCCCAAUUCACCACAGGAUGAUGCUAAUAAGUUGAGAGAAGUGAGCCGUGACAACAACGAUAGGCCUGGUUCUACAGCAGAGGAAUCGCAAAAUUCAUCAGAAGAUGAAGAAGAUGCACUGCAACUGAGGUUAAACAGAUUUUUCCAACAGAGACAGAAUUUCCAAAAUGACAAAAUGCUUUUAUUUUUCUGGCUACCGUUGACGGUCGUCUUAUUGUCAUGGUAUGCUUUGUUCAAGUUCGGUCAAGACGGUGAUUAUGUACACUACUUCAGCAAUAUGGUGGCUGAACAAUUAAGAGUUCUGUUGGCAAAAAUAAUAUUGGGUAACGAAAGAAUGAAGACUGCAUUUAAAGAACAGCUAACGAUGUUUCAGAAUACAAACAUCUUAAGCGUCAAUGCAGAAUGA